AGGCACUCAUGUGACUCCAGUGCCCUUUAAAAGAGCAGGGGGCACAGACGGUGACACUGGGUGACAGAACCAGCAUAAACCAUGUCUCUGUACCGGAAUUCAGCAUGGUUCCUCAAAGGACUCACCGAAUUUACCAAGGGAGCUUUUGAUGCAGCAUCUAAGCGCUUUGCGGAAAAAGAUUUAGAAGUGUCUGUGGCAGGUCGAUCUUUCAUGAUCACUGGAGCUAACAGUGGCAUUGGCAAAGCAACAGCCAUGGCCAUUGCAAAAAAAGGUGGUACGAUCCACUUGGUCUGCAGAAACAAGGACAAGGCAGAAGAAACUAGAGCUGAAAUUGUCAAGGAGUCUGGAAACAAAGAAAUUUACGUGCAUAUCCUGGACCUGUCCGAGACCAAGAAAGUGUGGGAGUUUGCUGAGGCCUUCAAGAAAAAAUACAAAACACUCAAUGUUCUGAUAAAUAACGCCGGCUGUAUGAUGACUAAAAGAGAGGUAAAUGCUGAGGGCUUGGAGAAGAGCUUUGCCAUCAACUCCCUUGCUGUGUACAUCCUUAUUAAGAGUCUCAUUCCCCUGCUGGAGAAGAGCCCUGAUCCCAGAGUGAUCACAGUGACAUCAGGUGGGAUGCUGGUGCAAAAACUGCGCACAGGAAACCUCCAGUCCCAAAGAGGAAGAUAUGAUGGCACCAUGGUCUAUGCCCAAAACAAGAGGCAGCAGGUGGUCAUGACAGAACAGUUUGCGAAAGCUCACACCAACAUCCAUUUCUCAGUCAUGCAUCCUGGAUGGGUAGACACACCAAUGAUUACAAAUGCAAUGCCAGACUUCCACCACUCGAUGAAGGAACGUUUGAGGACACCAGAGCAGGGGGCAGACACAGUGGUGUGGCUUGCUGUGUCUGAGGCUGCUGUUACCAAACCCAGUGGCAGACUGUUUCAGGAUCGGAAGAUGGUAGCAGCCCAUCUACCGCUGGCCUGGACACACAGCUCACAAACAGAAGACCAGAAGUUUAUGAGCGUCAUGGAGGAGAUAGGAAAGAGCUUCCAACCUCAUUGAACUCACCAGCUUUCACAUAGAAAUAGGCUGUGAGCUGCCCACUUCUCGAAACACACACACUAAUAAACAUGUUGAAACACAUUGUUUUAAACACACAACACACACUGAACAGUUUCCUGUAUGCACAUACAGGGUCCCGUUUGACUAACAUACAAACAUUAUACAGUUUAGCUAACUGAACAAAAACACUUAACACACCCACCCCUGUCCAACACGUUCAUUUUAACUGAAUGUCUAAUAUUAUUAAUCAACCUUAAAUGUUAUGCUUCCACUGGGACUGUGAAGCUGUUGGUGUCAUAAAUACGUAAAAUUAGUUCAACAAAGAAAUGGACUGUUUCAGUCUUCAACCUCUAACCUCUGUUACUACAGAUGCCUUCUGUUCCUGAUAGCACAUUGAUCCAAAUAUGACCUUCAACUUGCUGUGACAGUGACUUCAGCAAAUCGCGUCGACCAGGUGGGAACCUGCUCUGACCAAAAGUCACGGCAGCAGCCACUCCCUCCCUCAUCAGCAUGGCACGUGACUUAGUCUCGGGUACAUUCUGAUUAACGAAAGGUUUUGUCUGACCUGUCCCUGGACAUAUUUCCAGGGUUCCCUUAGAGACCUGACACACCGGGCUGACGAGGAUGAACGUUGCCUUCUGUUACCUCUCUGUUCUUGACUUCUAUGUAAAGCUGCACUUGAACAUGGAACAUGGCACAAUGACUACAGCUGAUGGCCGAGGCACACAAGUUUUGCAUCUGCAUGACGGGAAAUAACUCUCCAUAGCAGGAGGUGAAGUAGUCUGGAUUUGUAUGCAAAAAGACAGGAUUAGUAUUUUGUCAUGUACAUCGAAACAUUUGAAAUAUGCUUGUAAAACUGCCAGACAACAUGAAGGAAAUCUUAUUUGAAAGUUUUACAAACUUUAAUUUUCUGUUUUAAAGUAACUCAAUAGCUUGCACAUCUCACAUGAGUGAUAGCUGAAAUUAGAAUUACAAUAACUUACAUAAAGUGAAGUUAUACAUCAAAUACUGCAAUGACUUGUGCAGCUGGCACGUUUGUGUUUAAAUGACACAGUAUGAAAGGAUCCCAUGUAUUAUGUAAUAUACAGCUGCCUAAGCACCUCCAUAUGUCUCAUGUACCCUUGUUUAUUUCUAGCAUUCUUAGGCAUUUUCUCGUUGGCAUAUUCAAAGCAAAAACGUCUUACAAAUCACUUUCCCUUCGCAAAAAAAUAGACUUUUCAUUUGCUUACUUUGCUCACUUCUGUUUCUUUUCUCGUGCACCGUCUGGACAGUCUGGACAGCUAAUCAGAGAACACUCACCUUGGUGUGUCAGGGCCUGAACAGCCCAAUUCUUGUGUAGUGAUUAUUCAAUUGCACUCAAAGUAAUCGUGGAUAGGAUUGGUGCCGUGGAGAUAGUUACUGAUGAUGAUGAUGAUGAUGAUGAUGAUGAUAUAACUGCUCUGUGUUCUUUCGUCCUUUGUGCAAUAUUAAUAAAGGCCUAUAUAAUGUGUUA